UCCACAUUAAAUCAUCUUCAUACUUUUACACCAUUUUCCUUCGCUCUGUUUCCCGACGACACCCCAAUCCACGAUACGGUCUCAUUCACGGUCGCAGACAUAUAGGCUACUUAUCUUUUGGUCUGCGCUAACAUCGCUCGUAUUAUUUCCACACCGUGCUUAUAUCCCUAGAUUAGAGAUCUCUCUCUACGAGGCAUCCCUUCUCUCCACCAGUAACCGCAAAUGUUCCCGAUACCUUCUUCCGAGAUAGCAAUUUCAGCCCAAUUCUCUACGGCGCGCCUAGAACCAACCCUUCUGCUGUCGCACCUAUCGAACUAUGGAUAUCAUCCGCAUCCUCGCUCCCGGUUCGAGUUCGUGUGAUCCUGUUUCCUGACUGGGCUGUCGCAACAGCUCCCGGUCACCACCAACUUUUUUUUUUCUCUCGACGGGAUUCAAUCUGAUCCCUUUUGAAUACAUUUAAGCUUCGGACUUGAUUAUUAGUUGCUACGAUCAUAAUGGAGAGCCCGCGAGAUAAAGCUAAGGCGAGCUGGGGUGAUGCCCAGAAGAUUCGCUCUGAUAUAGUAGAGAAGCUAUCUAAUAGAGGGACGACGGAAACUACAUCUCGUUUCGAAGACCUCGAGAAGACGAUGGCUGAAUUUCGGUUAGCCUGUAUGAACGUCGUUGCCAAUGAUUUCGAAUAUGCAGUGGGUAAGCAAGUGGAAUAUCAUCUAUGGCAAGCUCAUGUCAAUCUCAAUGUCGAAUACCGAAAAAUUAUGAGUCGCCUCCUGGCACAAAACCAGGUGGUUGUGAGACGCAAGCUAGAGAAACAGUAUAGAGGUUUUCUCAAAAUAGCUCAGUCCUUCUAUCGUGUCUAUAUACAACAACUUUCAGGACGGUUUUAUAUUCCCGAGCUGCACCAGGCCGCUUAUGGCACCGACAUCGAGCUGCCGGAAAUCCCUGCUCCCGAUUCGAAGCCUCCAUCUCAACUUCGCGCGAUGAUCCUUAAGUCAUGCCAGAUUACCUUGGUUCAUCUCGGUGAUCUGGUCAGAUACCGAUGCCAGAUGUCAGAAAAGCUUUCAAAUCAGAACUUCGACAAAGCUAUAGCGUACUACAGCCUCGCACAUACCAUUAAUCCUGACGAUGGCUCGGCUCAUCACCAAUUGGCCGUUCUAUACCAGCUUCAAGGCCGGCACUUCGAUAUCGUCUACCACUUUCAUCGUUCUAUCUGUGUUACAAAACCAUCUGAAUUGGGUGUCAACAACCUUGGGCGGGAGUUCAAGGGCUUGGAAAACUCCCAUGGGGGACGCAAAGGUCCCAAAGACCCGUGCGAAACUAUGAUCACCUGGUUCCUCCGACUACAUGCGUUCUUCUUCCAGGGAGAGCCUUUUUCCCAGCAGGCUGAACUGGAAGAGGAAGUGCUACAUCGCAUCGAGAUUUCCUUGAAAUCCGACAUCGAUGAAACGAUCCUGCGCAAGAUGAUAUUUAUCAACAUAGCAGCGUAUGACAUUGCUUUGGAUAAAGUAAAAUCUGCAUGGACGAUCCAGGGAUCUCAGUCAGCCCAGUUCUUACUGCGAUUCAACAUUCGCACUGUCCUGAUUCUCCUUCGUAUCUUAAAGGCAGGACUACUAGAUGAGUCUGCCACAUCUGCCACCCCUGAAAGUGAGAGAGGGGACCACGAGAAUGCCGAGAGUCCGAUCUGCUUCAGUCAGCUCUUGAUGAAGUUGUUCCCUCUUUUCCGCAUUUACAUCUCGUGGAUUUAUGUUUCUAGGGCUGAUGCAAAGAGCUAUCGAGAAUUUCUCGAACCAUACAUAAGUGACGUAUACAGGCUUCUUGCGGACACGCUCACUUUUCUUAAUGCAACCAUUGACCAAGCUACCAUUACUACGUCGUCGAAGUAUCUUCUAUUGGAAGACACAGAAGCUCUCGGGCUAAAACCUUUAAGCGAUCGUAAUUUACCUCUAUUUUCACAAGUUGAAGGCGUACCGGAUUUGGAUUCCGAUCCGAAUCCAUCAAAGAAACACAAAACUCGCAAACCUCGCCAAAGGGUCUUCGGUCGUCAGUAUAAACCCCACACAGAAGCAAUCUGGCGAAUGAGAGAUAUUGUGUAUUGUGGGUUGCUUUUAGCAGGAAGUUCGACUUUCCCACUCACAAUGAGCCUUAAAAAGCUCGAGGGACGAGAGGUUGAAUGCUGGGAUUUCAUUACUGAACCUUCCCAAGCCGCCUCCAUAGAUGAGAUCAGCAUGCUACGUGUUUUAAACAAACUUAAGCUCAGCGACUCGGCCGUAAAACCAAAGGAGCCGGUACAGAAAGCACCAGAUGCAACUUUGGAGGGUAUCGCUAUGGCACAUACUGAACUUGAGAUAAGCCCUGUACCUCACGACAUGUCUCGCAAGGGAAAAUCAAUCGAGGAGAAAGUACCCAACUCACUUGACAUAGAUCUAAGUGGGGAUAGCGAGAUGGUCAAUAUGGUGAACAAGCUCUUGGAUCCACUUGAUGAUGAUAGCAGACCUCAGUCGAGUCAGACUCAGGGUGACACGAGCUAUGGCAUGAAUACUGCUACUGCUAACGAGGUUUUUGGUCGAUUUGCUACUGAUUCAGCACAGCCUUCUCCCGCGUCUAAGGCUAUACCCAGCCUUCCAUGGGGUUACUUCUACGAACCAACUCCGAAGCAUUCUAGUAGCCAAUCUAAUAGUCAAUUGGCUUCUGAUGGAGAGUAUGUCCCGAGGAGCGCCCAUAGUCAGCUCGAAGGCUUCGAUUCAUCUCCCUAUUUGAGUAAUCUUACCAUCAGCAAGGCUCAAGCUUAUCGCGACGUGAGAGAACAGCCUGCACGUGAGUCGCCAAGACUAUCCCAAGGAGCCCCACGAUUUGACAAUCACCGGAGCAAGAGUUCCCGCGACUCGUUGGAGACAUCGCGAAGUGCAGUCCUCGAUAGUCUGACGUCUGCACUAUAUGCUCAAAACGGGCUGAACCCGCAAACCGCGCAGGAUAGCUAUACAGGCCGGAUAGGUACGAGCCCCUAUCUAGGGUCUCAGAGACCCUCGGCGGCCAAUUCACCCUAUUUGAGUAAACUAGGAAUGAAUCAAGGAUCAAGCCAUAUGGAGCGUUCGGCCAGUCAACAGGCAGCAGCUUCUAAUCUGCAAAGCCCUCCUGGAUCUGCGGGGUUUGGCCUGCCAAGUGUUAGCCCUAGUGGAUUUAAGAAAAUUCCUGGCCCCUUCGAGAAUAUUUCAAGCCCUUUUAGCAACGAGGGCGGUUUUCUAGCACCAGGAAGCAACAUGCAGGCAAAUGGCCGCUCCGCACCGGGUCCUCCUCAGCAGUAUUCUCCUUGGCCCCUGGAGCCUGCGAGAAGCGGAUCAGCUUUUUCCUUUUCGCACCCAAGCAGCCUUUUCGGCGGAACCCCUGCCGCCCCUCAAGACGGUCUUUCCAACACUGUCUUCUCUAAUGGCCACUAUUACAAUGCUAGUACUCCAUUCGGCCGACUUGGCCCCGGCCACAACAACAAGGACGAUCCUACGCGUUACCGAAACCAAAUCAAGAGUUAUCUAGGCGAAGAGGAUCCUUCCUAUGAAUACGACCAGAAAGCCCUACAGUCUGCAUGGCUUGGCAACGAUGAGAUGCACCGCCAGAAGUGACAGCUACUAGUACUGAUAUAACUCUAUAUGACACACCGCACAAUAUUAUGCGAUCCAUAUCAUCUCACCCAGAAGUUACGAUAAUACCUCUAUUCUCAACCACGUCUCAUUCAUUCCCUUCUCAUGACUUGGUCCAUACAAGUCGCAUUGCAUCUAUGCAGCACAUCCAUGAGAUGGCCUAUGAAGCCAGUAACCAGAGACUUACAAGAAUCAACAAGUGAGAUCCUAAAUACAAGGAUUGAUAGUAGGGAUUUCAUGUUGUGGAGUCCUGACCAUAACCUGUCAAUAGAAUUUACAGUAUCUCGAGAAGAGCAGAUGUUUUUCACAGCAAGUCUGGCCUCGGACCCAGAAACACUCAUUAAUAAUGAAUGACAUUGUCAUCGUUUGUAUUCCAUAAUAUGCCCCCAGCAGUAUGAAUACUGAUCUACCAUAACUCCUAUGGUUCAUCUCAGUCUAUGGGGUUAGCAGAAAACACCAUCUAUAUCCAUAGUGGGAUAGUAUAAAUAUAAAUCAGAAAAGGGCUGUUGUCGCUACGCGGCAUCCCAGCC